AUGCUGGGCUCUUCUCUUAUUCUGGCUUUGGCGGUUGCCGUGGGCGCUGCUUCAAUACCACGGAACAGUCCCGUUGUUGAACUGAAGAAUGGUUCAUACUAUGGUACUCAUAACACUGCGUACAACCAAGACUUGUUCCUUGGUAUGAGAUAUGCUCAGGCGCCGCUGAACGAUCUGCGCUUUCGACACCCUCAGCCCUUGAACUCAACCUGGGACGGAGUGCGUAAUGCGACAGAGUACCAAUCCAAGUGUUAUCAGUACGGGUAUCCUUCCGGACCUCUUUCAGGUGGCACUGACGAUUGCUUACAUCUAAAUGUCGUUCGCCCGUCUGCAGCUGCGAAGGAGAAGCUUCCCGUCCUUGUCUGGAUCCAUGGCGGCGGCCUUGUCGGAGGCUACAGCGGUGAUCCCUCUUCAAACCUCAGCUACAUCAUCGACGAGUCUGUGAAAUUGGGCUCGCCCAUCAUCGGCGUCUCAAUCAACUACCGUCUUGGCGCAUGGGGCUUCCUUUGGAGCUCCGCCGUCAAGGCCGAAGGCGUUGGAAAUAAUGGCUUCCGCGACCAGAGACUUGCUCUUCAAUGGGUUCAAGAGAACAUCGCUGCGUUUGGGGGUGAUCCCAAGAAGGUCACCAUCUGGGGCCAGAGUGGAGGGGCACGAAGUGUUGCAUCUCAAUUGACUGCCUUUGGCGGUAGAGACGAUGGGCUGUUUAGAGCAGCUAUUCUCGAGAGUGGUACUGGCUUCCCCACGGCCUUUGGAGAGGUGGAGGACAAGGAAGCACCAACCUUUGAGAAGGGGUACAAGACGCUUCUCAAGAGGGCCGACUGCGAUUCUGCUAAGGAUUCUCUGCAGUGUCUGCGAAAGGUGCCGUCACUGGAACUCGCUCAGAUUGUCGGAAAUGUCUCGUUCCCAGUUUGGCUCGACAUUAUUGACGGCGACUUCAUUCGGGAUAGCCGCUCAGAGCUCGUUCGACAGAAUAAGUUCGUUCCAGUGCCCAUCAUCAAUGGAGUCGCAUCAGACGACGGCGACUUUUUCGCCCAGCGUGGCAUCAACACGACACAGCAGUGGGAGGCAUAUCUGCGAAAAGAGGGCGCAAGUAAUGCUACAAUCGAAGUCAUUUCAGCUCUGUACCCUGAUAUUCCACGUGUCGGCCUGCCAGCGACUUUCGAAGGGCGCCCAUCAGGCCCAUCGGCUUCGUACGGGUUGCAGUGGAAGCGCGCGGUAGCCUUUGGCGGUGAUCGAGCUAUGCACGCACCCAAACGAGUCUGGAACAGGAAAUGGGCAAAGAGUAAUGCCACUGCGUACAGCUAUCACUUCGACGUUGUAUCAGGUGAUCGCCCAGCAACCCAAGGAGCUGGACACUCGGUUGAUAUCCCAUUCGUCUUCCGCAAUUAUGAAAGACUGGCUCAGUUGAACGCCACGGAGCCGAGACCUGGGUCAUUUGAUGAAGUGGCUGUUAAGAUGUCAAGAAUGUGGAUUAGCUUUACGAGCAAGAUGAACCCCAACUUUGAAGGUAUGGGGGAUGUUCAGUGGCCAGAGUAUGAGUGGGAUGAAGGGAAGAAUAUGGUCUUUCAUAUUGAUGAUUCGUCUGUGGUUCAUGUUGAGAAUGACACGUAUCGAACUGAGCAGAUGGAGUAUUUGGAUAAGAAGUUGUGGAAGGUUGAGCUUCAGUCGGGACUCGACUGA